AUGCGAGCCCGACCUUUCCUCCGCUUUGUCCCCUCCGCAGCCCCGAAGGCUGUUGCCACAAAUGCGGGCGCCCCCCUCACACCUGCCGCCCAGCACACAAUCGAGCAGAGCGAAGGCAGGCGCGACAGCAGGCGGGAGAGGCCCGCCGCGCCGACCCCUCCUGGCGGGGCCUCCAUCGCUCCCUCCGGGCGCCCCCGGGGGCGGAACCCGGUGUCGGCACUCACUCACNCGCGGCGCCGACGCCGAGGCGCGGCCAUGGACGGGAAGACCCGCGCCGGGGUCGCGCUGGUCCCGGGGCCGAGCGGCCGCGGGCCUUCCGCUCGCCGCGCCCGCCCGGGGCUGCUGCUUCCCGGCCUCUGGCGGCUGCUGCUGCUGCUGCUGCUGGCCCGGCCGGCCUCGUGCGCCCCAGAUGAGCUCUCUCCGGAACAGCACAAUCUUUCCUCAUCCUCCGUGGAGCUCACGCUGACACAUAGCACCGUGCCCAGCAUUGCACAUGUGGCCUUAACAGAAACUGCUCCAGGGUCCCAGCAAAGCAGUUCUCUCCGCAUCCUGUCAUCUCCCUCUGCCACUACUUUUCAUACAGCCUUUUUUAACCAAGGAAAACGGACCCGAAGUACAGCGGAUCACAGCAUCUUUGUGGCAAAUGACAUGGCAGUGACCAGCAAUGAGGAGGUCAUCAAUGAGGAUGAAAUGGAUAACUUUUUGCCAGAAACUCACUGGACCACCUCCCGCCUGUUGUCUCCGAUACAAUAUUUCACAGCCAGCCCACCGGGGCUGCCCAGAGAAACGUUAGACUCCAUGCUGAUUCCAUCGUCACCCAUCAUUUCUUCACCAGAUGAAGAAGUGACAGCAGCCUGGCAAGACACAAUGCAACAACCAACAACGUGUGCUGAAUCCCCCAGUCAUUUCAGUGCUUUUCGGUCAGCUUUUCUGACUUCCGAGGGCAUAAUUUCAACUCCUAGUAGGACUUUGGUGCUUUAUUCUACUGACCCUUAUGGGCACUUACCAAGCAGGACUUGGCCGGAGAUCGUGGCUUCAGGAACAAAGGGUGUAGACAUCCUCCCUUUCAGCUCAUUGUUUUCAGUGUCUCAGCCGUCAGGCGAUGGCAUCACUCCGCAGCCAGUUCCCCGCUCUGGAGAGGUCUCAGCUUCUCCAGAGGAGGUUCUGGUGACAGGUACAGAGAGCUAUCUGGAUGCGACCACUGUUUUGAGUCAGAGUCUACAAGAAACCAUCUCUCCAAGAAUGUCCCUUACCGCAAUUCCAUCACAGACCAUCCUUGAUUUUAGAAUCAGCAGCAGCAGCAGCAGCAGCACAAACUCGGUUUUGUUUUCAACUUCUCUUGAGUUUAUGUCCUUUUCUGCUCAAUCAACCGAUGUGUCAUAUAACCCCUUUCUUCCCAGCACCUCUACUGCAGUGUUAGAAUUGCCUGGCAGUUCUGUGGUCCCCAGUUACGUGGAUGACACCCCCACCGGGAGCCCAGCAUUUUCCUUCAGACCAUACACGUGGUGCGUGUCCUGCACUAUGACGUCUCCUCGGCAGCACGUUCUGUCAGCGAGCCUCGUGGAGAAAGAUGUGGGGUCGGGGGGUGGCGCCGAGACCCUGUCCAUGACCCUGUUGGAAGCAAGUAGCAUCUCCCCACUAAGCAGCCUGGUGGCAGACUUCUCUGAAUUUGAGGAAGAUCCCCAAGAAUUUAAUACACUUUUCCCCUCCAGACCGAUAGUUCCACUUUCCUCUCGCUCUGUGGGAAUCUCACCCACGAGCACUGGUAUUUCAGCCGAGGUGGCCACGACAAGUGUCAUGACCACACAAGUGCAUCCUUCCCACGGCCACCUCCCCGUACCCGUGUCACUCGAUACUGCUGCUUUUGGCUCCUUCUCUGUCGUUGAAACUCAAGUCACGCCAUCCAGCGUAACAGCUGUGUUCCCCUGGGUCAUCACCAGUGUCCUGGACUCAUCUUUCUCUGUCACAGCAGAGGAAAGCACACCAACGCUUGCUGUCAGAGACCCAGCUCCUUUUACGUCAGCUAAAUAUAAUUUGGAUCCUUCAGUAGGUUCUUCCCUUUUCCCUGACCGACAAUCUGCCAGUUUUUCCCAACAGGAAACGGGAAGUAUUUUGGAGUUUGCAUCCAGUUUUUUCUCAACCCCACCGCUGGAAUUCAGCACGGCCGUCCCUUCAUCUUCAGAAGUCCUUGCUGCUUCGUCUCCAAUGGCGGGUGAUUUGUCAGCCGUCCUUUCUCAGGCUUUCUCGACCUUGCUCGAGACAUUUACAUUGUCCGACUCCAUCAAUUUGCAGUCGCCUCCACUUUCUGUUACUAAUUCCACAAACCUUGACUUCUCUCAGCUCUGGCCAAGUUCCGGUCUUCUUUUCAGUACGUUCACUUUUCAACCCGGUGACUCUGCAGUGUCACUAUCAUCGCGUUUCCCCUCUGAUGCCCUCCAGUUCUCUGAAUCAUCAACAGUUUCACUGACAGAUUCUGAAGCUCAUUUUACCUCAGCUUUCACUGAAACUACCUCCUCUUUUGAGUUUUCACUCAUGUCCCAUGAAUCUGCAGUCACCACACUGGUGCCCUCCAGUUCUGAUCCCAUCCUUGACAUUUUGACGGCCGGAACUCACUUAACGUCACUCUUGACUGCUUUUCAUACACCUGUUUUAACGGAAUCACCUCCCUUUUCAACUCCAGUACCUUCCGAUGACGAUAUCAGUGCUAUAGAUGAUCACACAUCUGUCUUAUCAUCUUUCUCCAAAGUUAUUCCUACCACCACAGCAUUGGUCACCACUGUGUCCCCGUCAUCAACAUCCUCAUUUAUUUCUGAAGCGAUCCCCUCACCUGUACCUACAGAGCCAUCGUCUGUGGGCCCAUCAUUCACACCCACAGAUUUACCGCUGAACACCUCUGCUGACCUGAGCAUGUCUAAUACCACUGCUGCCCCUGAUAAUACUGAUGACACCACGCUGAACAGCAGACCUGCGAGUCAGAAUCCCCAAGAGAGCAGCAUGGCUCUUCCCCCGCCAUCCUUUCAUCCUGUGACCACCCCGACUCCGGAAGCGAUGGUUGACACUCCAGCGCUGGUCACCACCAAGCCGCCAUAUGUGUGUGAUAUUACAGUUCCUGAUGCCUAUUUGAUCACAACUGUGCUGGCCAGAAGAGCCGUGCAGGAGUACAUCAUUACGUCCAUCAAGGAGGUGUUGAGGAUUCACUUCAACCGCGUGGUGGAGCUCAAGGUUUAUGAACUAUUUGCUGAUUUCACUUUUCUGGUAACAUCUGGUCCUUUCGUUUACACGGCAAUAUCCGUCAUAAAUGUACUUAUAAAUAGUAAACUUGUACGUGACCAAACUCCUUUAAUCUUGGCUGUGAAACCUUCCUUCCUUGUGCCGGAGUCCAGGUUCCAAGUUCAAACAGUCCUUCAGUUUGUGCCUCAGAGUGUGGAUACUGGCUUCUGCAACUUCACCCAGCGAAUUGAGAAAGGCCUGAUGAUUGCCCUCUCUGAAGUGAGAAAACACCAGCAGGGCACCUAUAACCUCACGGUGCAGUACCCACAGCUCAACUUGUCUCAGUUGUUGAAGUCCUCUUGGGUAAGAACAGUCCUCCUGGGUGUCGUUGAGAAGCAGUUCCAGAAUGAAGUAUUUCAAACUGAGAUGGAGCGCAAACUGGCCCAGCUGCUCAGUGAGGUUUCUACCAGAAGGCGGAUGUGGAGAAGAGCCACCGUCACCGCCGGGAACAGAGUGGUGCAGUUGCAGAUCCCCAGUGUGAAGGGCUUUGAUUUUGCCAAGCAGCAUCUGGGUCAGCACAAUAAAGACGACAUAUUGAUUAUUCAUGAGCCAGCACCACUGCCGGGACCUGUGAAGGACCACACCACUCCUUCUGAGAACGGAGAUGUGCCGAGCCCCAAGGCCAAGGUCCCCGCCAAGAACAUCCGUCACAGAGGAAGAGUUUCGCCCUCAGAUGCUGACUCAACAGUCAGUGAGGAGUCCAGUGAGAGGGAAACAGGAGACAAGACGCCAGGAGCGGCGAAUGACGGGCUACCACCACCCAGUGCAGGGACCGAGCAGCACUCGUCGGCCUCCAUCUUUGAGCAUGUGGACAGGAUCUCGCGCUCCUCGGAGGCCAGUCGGCGGGUCCCCAGUAAGAUCCAGCUGAUCGCCAUGCAGCCCAUCCCAGCACCUCCUGUUCACCACCCCGUACUGGCUGACCGAGUGGCAGAAACCAACAAAAUUAACAAAGAGAUUCAGACGGCGCUGCGGCACAAGUCGGAGAUCGAGCACCAUCGGAACAAGAUCCGGCUCCGCGCCAAGCGCCGCGGCCACUACGAGUUCCCGGUGGUGGAUGACUUGUCAUCGGGCGACACGCGGGAGCGACACCGGGUCUACCGCAGGGCACAGAUGCAGAUCGACAAGAUCCUGGACCCCACGGCCAGCGUGCCCUCGGUGUUCAUAGAGCCCAGGAAGAGCUCGCGGAUAAAGCGUUCUCCUAAGCCACGCCGGAAACACCAGGUCAAUGGCUGCCCCGGAGAUGCUGAGAAGGACAGGCUCAUCACCACAGACAGUGACGGCACUUACAAGAGGCCCCCCGGUGUCCACAACUCGGCCUACAUCGGAUGUCCCUCCGACCCCGACCUCCCGGCUGAUGUGCAGACGCCGUCUUCUGCGGAGCUGGGGAGGUACCCAGGCCUGCCCUUCCCGACCCCGCAGUACAUCCCGCCCCAGCCAUCCAUUGAGGAGGCGCGCCAGACCAUGCACUCGCUCCUGGAUGAUGCUUUUGCCCUUGUGGCCCCCAGCAGCCAGCCUGUCAACACUGCGGCUGCAGGCCCGGGGGUCCCAGCGGGCCUGCCUGUGAACAGCACCCCUUCCCGAGAAGAGAGACGAGCCACCCAGUGGGGGUCCUUCUACAGCCCAGCUCAGACGGCGGCGAACAACCCAUGCAGCAGAUAUGAAGACUAUGGAAUGACUCCCCCAUCAGGCCCAUUGCCAAGACCCGGUUUUGGCCCUGGUUUGCUGCAGCCUUCAGAGCUGGUGCCUUCUGAGCCCCAGCAGCCCCAGGCAUCCACUGAAGCCUCAUAUGCUGCCCGAGGGAUCUACUCUGAGGACUUGCCAUCGGUGGCCCGGCCUCGGCCUGUCGGGGGCACCACAGGCUCCCAGAUCCAGCACCUGACGCAGGUGGGCAUUGUGAGCAGAAUUGGGGCUCAGCCUGUGGAAAUGGCACCAAGCAGAGGCGGCCAGUAUGGAGGACCAGGCUGGCCUUCGUACGGGGAGGAUGAGGCGGGCCGAAGAGAGGCCACACACAUGCUCGGACAUCAAGAGUAUUCUUCUUCACCGCUGUUCCAGGUGCCAAGGACUUCAGGCAGGGAGCCCUCGGCCCCUCCCGGGAACCUCCCGCACAGGGGGCUACAGGGCACCGGCCUGGCUUACACCACCAGCUCCACGGAAGACCUCCAGCCCGGCCACUCCUCAGCUUCGCUCAUCAAAGCAAUUCGCGAGGAGCUCCUCCGCCUCUCCCAGAAACAGACCGCCGUGCAGAACUUCCACAGCUGAUCGGACCUCCCCUUGCACAUUUGCCAAGUGUCCGCUUCCUGUGGAAGCAAGACUAAACGGAAGUCAACCGAGUGGGUGUUUGUAAGAGGACGAGCGUCUUCUGGGCCGGGCGCCCGUGGAAGGGAGCGAGUUGCAAUUUUUAGAAGAUGCCAUAAGUCACGUGACAGCUCAUGACGCUUUUAAAUAAGUUGGCAAUUUUGUGACCACUUGGGUCCAGUCACAAUUUAUGUACUUUUGGCCAAAAGCCGGCAGCAUUUCAUGGAAGGCAAACCACAAACCUAAGCCGACAAAAGGACUAAGUCAGUCUCCUUUUUUUAAGGCGAAAGAUGAAAAUGUAGAGAUGGUACAGGGAGGAAGGGAACCCAGCCUUUCCCCGGGAAGAUUGAUUCAGGCUGGUUUGUACGAUGAACCUGCUGCUUUUUCUGAGAAAAGAAAUUUGAAGACAUUUUAUUAACAGCGUAUUUCCUUCUUUUUCUCCAUAGGAACUUAUUUUAAUAGUAAUAUUAACAACAAGAAUACUAAGACUGUUCGGGAAUUCAAAAAGCUACUAGUGAGAAACCAAAUGAUAGAUUGUAGAGCCUGAUGAUUCCAAACAAAGCCAUCAUCUGCAUCCUUUCCUCUUUCUUAUGGUGCUACAGCUCCAGGGGCCCUUCAUCUUUUAUGUCUGUGAAAUGCAACAUUGGCUUUUUCGAUGGAAGCAGGUGUUGAAGGUUUCAUUUUGUUCUAGAAAGAAAAAAGAAAAACAAAACCUCCCCCGUUGGGGGUGGGUGGGAGGUGGAAAGCUUCGUAUUUAUUUGGUUAUUCAAAAUACAUCUCAAAGGUUAGAGUUACUCUCUUCAUUAUAUUUGCUGUUUGUUAAUUGGACAUCCCAUUGCAUAUCGUCCUUACGGCCGGGCCUAUGGAAUGAGGCUUUUAGGAGGUCUUCACCAGUUCUUGCACUUUGCCCAGUGAGUGGUUCACAAAUUAUGUUUGAAUGAGAAAUCUUAUGUGAGCAAAAACUGUGUUGAAACAUUCCUAGGACCACCACAUUGUGAUUGGUGAAUGCGGGAAUAGUAAUCGCAUUCGCUGUGUGUUCAGGACAUGGAACCGAGUUCUCGCCAGCCUCUCGCUGCUCAAUUAAGAAAUGUAAAGAAGAGCUUUGAGAACACAAGGGCAAGGAGAGGGUCGCUCCUAAUUUCUGAUUUUAUUGUGCUCGAAUUCUGCUGAGUGACUGUUAAAACCAUCUGUGUGCUUUGGGCCUGACAGCGGGUACCAUCUCCCUUAACGUUUACUCUCGAAGUCAACAAUGCCCCACUUCCCAAAGUAGAGUGAGGGGUAUAAUAACAAGGGCCGUUCUGUUUUCUGGUACCUGAGCGACGCUCAGAAGAAAAACAGACUUAGAUAAAUUUCUACUAUGAGUCCUUUUUUAUUAGAUCAACGAAUACUUUAAAGAACAGAGGAACAGGCAGAAUUUGGGGCUUUGACUAAUCAAAAUCUCUGUCACAUUCGAAGAACCCCGAAACAGCUAAAAAUAGAUUUCUAAAGUGUAAUUAUCAUCCCACAAUCAUGUUUCAGCAUUUCUUUCGUUGAGCCUGUCGACAGCCUUACAAUACAGGGAAAGGGGGUUCUGGGAAGUUAAAAGGCAGCCAUUUUUCAUCUGGACACCCCUGAAAGAGGAGGGAGGGGCUCGGGAGGAAUAGCCUCAAGGAUAUUAAAUUAAGGAAAGGGAACUCCUUUUCAGGCAGGUGUCACAGGCUGUAAGGGCAUGGGAGAGAUGACCCGCUUCUGGGUUUGAUUUCUUACCUCUCAAUCUUGGUUUAAUACCCAGAGUGGAAGAUCCUGUUUGUAUGUCACUAAAAGAUACCAGUUUUCCUGAAUAUGUUAUUAAGAAUUUGAGAUAUCCAAGCAGUCUUAUGGACACCUUACCGUGAAUUCGAGUCCUGUGACAGCAAGUGGACUCAGUGCAGGCCCCUCUUUCUCCCAUUCUGCUCAGUGUGGUAAGUGUUUGCACUAAGAGUGUACCGAAAAUGGUUACCACCUUUGUAUGGUGCAGAAACGGGCCUCUGUGUUAAAGGGGGCUGCAAUAGCGAUUGUGAUGCUUUUCCUAUUAGCAUAAAAGGAUUCUACUGGUAUUGUUCUUCUUAGAAUUGAUACACUUUUAAGCCGAUGUCGAGACCAAAGAGACCAUAUCGUAAACCACCAUGGUGUGUGGUGUGAGCAGCCCCGUGGCAUCAGUGGCACUCUUGUGUUGGCCAUAAUGACACUCAGCUUGCCCUCGUUUUCUCUGCCCCAUCACUUUUACCAAUCACCAAACUCAGGACAGACUAGCUGUCAUGGGGAGUGCCACACCAAAUGGGUCUUCAGACACCCAGCUAAUGGGAUCAAUUGAAAGGAAGGCCUUGUGUCCAUCAUGUGUGCUUUGGAGUGAGUGCCAUUUCUUUAAAGCACUUGUAAAGUGAAACGUUAAGUUUUAUUGUCUCUUCUUUUUUCCCCAUUUUCAAAGCUCUAGUGGCCAUAACACGAGCUAUACAUUUGAGUCAGAAUUUUAGAGAGGAUUGUUUGGAGAAAUGAUCGUUUUGCAGAGUCGACUUUGUCAUGAACUCAUGAUGUCAGGUCGUUUCUGGGAGCCUCAUUCUCUCCAUCAGCCAAACAAGGACAGAGCUCCCCGGCCCACCUCCCGGGAUUCCUCGUUGCGAGAAUCAGAUGUGAUCAUGUGCGCACAUGUCCCCAAAGCACUGUGAAAAUGUAAAAUGUUGUCUGUAUGAUGAUGCUAGAUGGACGAUCUGAUAGGCUGUGAUCUCUUCGUGAAUGAGUUCACACGGAGGUAACCAGAGCAAAACUAAAGGCUCCGUGUGACUCCUCGCUCUUUCUCUCUCCCAUUGGGCUUUACAGUCACUUCCUUCUCCAUUAACUUUGAAACGGCAUUUCACUGAAAUCUUUCUGCUCCUGAUUUUCUGCUGUUUCUGGCCCCACAUAUGUCAAACAUAAACACUGCCUUCUGAAAUCUUAGAAUCUAAGUCAGGUAGCACUGACAGACAUAAAUGCCCAUCUAUAAUAGGUACACAUAAAUAACUUGGUUUAAACACCAGUAGGAUGUGUUGAAAGUACACACAUGCAUUAGGUACUCAGAAGAAGUGGAAAUUGCACAUUUGGAAACAGGAUCUUGGGGAGAAGUCAACCAACCAGGAGCCACUUGAAUGAAGGCAGAGGAACUGACCUGGCAAAUGGUGAGAUGGCGUGGGAAGAGAGCCUGGGAAGGAUGUAGAAAGCGGGUGAAGCUGUUGUUGAAAAGGAACUUGAUCCUGAUCUGAUAUAUGGGGACAAAAUUCCUAACCGCGCUGUGUAGGGAGUUUUAUAAGAGGAGGAAGUGGUGCUGUGAGUACGUUUGCAGUAAUACAGCAAGGAAAUGACCAGGCCUGUGCAGAAGGUCUAUGGAGGAAGAGAUCCAUUCUGGAGGGAAGGGGAGAGUAGCAAGAACUGCUGAAGGACCAAAUGUAUGAAAAUAGUGGUAAGCAUCCAUCUGCUCCAUGGCUUAGAGCAGAUCUCAGUGGUCAGCCAUUGAACCCUUUGCGGGACAUUGUGGGUUAUAAAUACAUACAUUUGACUUCUCUACAGCUACCGACACGUUUUCCUCCAAAUGUUAUUUCAUUUCAGAGUGUGUUUUGAUUGGGGGGGGGGAAGGGGUCCAUGGCUUUUGAGCAGUAGAUUAAGUAGUGGGUGUUUGCCAACCAGACUUUUCAGGGCCCGAGGCCGGUGAUGCAAAGCCCCGUUGAAGAAGGUUUGCCUGAAGGCUUUGGGCCGAAACAAGUGAUUCUGUGCUUGAUGAGCCUCCUGUUUAACUGUGUGUCUGGGUAGGUGUUCACUGCAUUUGCACAGCUUCUUAGUGCUCCGGUGACCAAGCCAAUCACGGGGACACUGAUUUGCAUUUGCCGUAAUUCACAAGUUAAUCAUUACCUGAACCUCUCUGUCCCCUUCAUGCCAGAUUCUUAGACAUGAAUGAAUUCGUUGGUUGGAAGGAAAGCUGGUUAAGAUUCUGGGUUGGGGGAGGGGGGAAGGGGGCUCCAGUCUUAACUACCACACAGACUUCAGCUCUAGUUGAGUUUUAGCCAUUUCAUUUCUACCUCCAGAAGAAGUCUCCAAAGCCAGCCUCCAGGACCCACAUUUGUCCCAGACAGGAGCAUGAGGAAGUCCACUUCUAUACCUGCAAACAGACCAUUGACUACAAAACACAUUUUUGUGGGAUGGUGACUUGAACUUCGUUGCUACAUGUAAUGCAACACAUUAACAGAUAUUCUUGUCACAGGUGAGAGGGGUUUCUGUGAGCAACUGCUGUAACGUACUCAUACAAUGUAAUAGGCUUACACUUAAUACCUAGUGAACAAAGAGUGUGUAUGUACAUUUCAGGUUUCUUUUGCUAUGUUUGGAAGUGAUUUUCAGUGUUUAAACUAGGACUCCAUUUUCUAGUAUUAAAAAGACUUGAAAACCGAGACCUCACGGUACGAUCCUACUUCCAUGCUUGUGUGUGUAAUGGUACACUUGAGAAUUUAUCUUAAGAACACACAGCAGCAUUGACAAUUAGGGAAAGAAUAUUUAAAUGCCUUUGGAAACAUGACACAAAGUUAGGAACCAGCAAGCAAGUGGAGAAGGAAUGAAUGUCUUAAUCUGAGUCCAAAUUAUUAUAGUUUCCCACAGGGUAGGUAAUUAUGCAGACGCCUUGCUUUUCCCCUUCUGCCUCCAGGUUUUUCUGCUCUGGGGCCACUUCACAUUUACAGGAAGUAUGAAUUGGUAGAAGGAACAGAGAUAAAAAUUUAAGCGAUUCAGGUCUUGUGGUCCCUGAUUCCAUGGAACCAUUUUGGACAACUUGGAGCAUUGUGAAUAGUGUCUUCUCACGCCCACCAGACUUCAUGCCUUCGUAACUUGACUCCCUAAGUGUGCAAGUUAGGAAUAGCACAGGGCCACAUUCAAGCCAGACACCCUGUACUGUUCCUCCUGCAGAUAUUGGGAAAGAAGGAGGCACUAGAGGAAUGGGAGCUCCACCAAUCAACUCAGUGGCUCUAAGCACCAGAGCGCCUAUUUCAGAAGAGGGGCGUAGACUUACCUUUGCUUUUCUCCAGGGCAUCAGCGAGGGAGCAUGGAGAGUGAGCUAGCCUUACCCUUACAGGAAAGGUUGCUUAGCAGACCCACUCUGGAUGCCCCCUUGUCCCUUCCUGCUCUGUCAGGGUCCAUGUUCUUCUGACUCUUCCCACACUCUCAUUCCUAGAUUAUGAGUGUUAAUGUACGAAAAUGCGCAGAGGCCACGUGUGGCUUCAGUACUGCAACUUGAACUUGACAAUCAUGGUUUGCUGGUCUCAAACGGGCACUUAAAUUUCGGUAUGGGUAUAUGAUUUAGUAAUCGAAUCCUCCCUCCUGUUUGUCGGUUAUGUUUCUACCCUUCAAUUAGCUGCACUGUUUUCUAAUGUGCUGUAGAGUUUUUGAAAUAAUUUAUGCAAGUGUUUGGUUUCCAUGUUUACAAUUUAUACAGCUUUCCUAGCAUUUUAAAUGGAAAUGUCAAUAAAUGCUAUGAAUUGGUGUCAA